ACAGUGGGCCGCAGGUCUCAGCAACUAGCUCGCUAGGCAGAGGGAGGCCAAGCGAGUCGCAGACGGGGUCUCGAGACCAAAGCCGAAGCGGGUUCCACACAGCGCAGCCCGCCCGCGCACCCGGUGCCGCGAAAGCCUCCGGCGCAGCGCGGCCAUGGAGCCCACCAGCAAGAAGCUGACGGGCCGCCUCAUGCUGGCCGUGGGAGGGGCAGUGCUCGGCUCCCUGCAGUUUGGCUACAACACUGGCGUCAUCAACGCCCCCCAGAAGGUGAUUGAAGAGUUCUACAACCAGACGUGGAUGCAGCGCUAUGGGGAGCCCAUCCCGCCCGCCACACUGACCACGCUCUGGUCCCUGUCGGUGGCCAUCUUCUCGGUGGGAGGCAUGAUUGGUUCCUUCUCCGUGGGCCUUUUUGUUAACCGUUUCGGCCGGCGGAAUUCAAUGCUGAUGAUGAACCUGCUGGCCUUCGUGUCCGCUGUGCUCAUGGGCUUCUCAAAACUGGGCAAGUCCUUUGAGAUGCUGAUCCUGGGUCGCUUCAUCAUCGGUGUGUACUGCGGCCUGACCACUGGCUUUGUGCCCAUGUACGUGGGGGAGGUGUCCCCCACGGAGCUUCGGGGGGCCCUGGGCACCCUGCACCAGCUAGGCAUCGUCGUCGGCAUCCUCAUCGCCCAGGUGUUCGGCCUGGACUCCAUCAUGGGCAACCAGGAACUGUGGCCCCUGCUGCUGAGCGUCAUCUUCAUCCCGGCCCUGUUGCAGUGCGUCCUGCUGCCCUUCUGCCCCGAGAGCCCCCGCUUCCUGCUCAUUAACCGCAACGAGGAGAACCGGGCCAAGAGCGUGCUGAAGAAGCUGCGUGGGACCGCGGACGUGACCCGCGACCUGCAGGAGAUGAAGGAGGAGAGCCGGCAGAUGAUGCGAGAGAAGAAGGUCACCAUCCUGGAGCUGUUCCGCUCGGCCGCCUACCGCCAGCCCAUCCUCAUUGCCGUGGUGCUGCAGCUCUCCCAGCAGCUGUCCGGCAUCAACGCUGUUUUCUAUUACUCCACAAGCAUCUUCGAGAAGGCGGGGGUGCAGCAGCCCGUGUAUGCCACCAUCGGCUCCGGCAUCGUCAACACAGCCUUCACUGUCGUGUCGCUGUUUGUGGUGGAGCGAGCCGGCCGGCGGACCCUGCACCUCAUAGGCCUGGCCGGCAUGGCUGGCUGUGCGGUGCUCAUGACCAUCGCGCUGGCGCUGCUGGAGCAACUGCCCUGGAUGUCCUACCUGAGCAUCGUGGCCAUCUUUGGCUUUGUGGCCUUUUUCGAAGUGGGCCCAGGCCCCAUCCCAUGGUUCAUUGUGGCUGAACUCUUCAGCCAGGGCCCUCGCCCCGCUGCCAUUGCUGUUGCCGGCUUCUCCAACUGGACCUCGAAUUUCAUUGUGGGCAUGUGCUUCCAGUAUGUGGAGCAACUGUGCGGACCCUAUGUCUUCAUCAUCUUCACCGUGCUCCUGGUUCUGUUCUUCAUCUUCACCUACUUCAAAGUUCCCGAGACAAAAGGCCGGACCUUCGAUGAGAUUGCUUCUGGCUUCCGACAGGGAGGAGCAAGCCAAAGUGACAAGACACCUGAGGAGCUGUUCCACCCCCUGGGAGCUGAUUCCCAAGUGUGAGGUGCCCCACACCGCCAGCCCGGUCUGCUCCCAGUGGCCCAAGGAUCUCUCAGAGCGCAGGCAGCUGGAUGAGACUCUCAAACUGAUAGAUCUCCGCAGACCCGGGCCUGGGGCUCCUUCCUUCAGCCAGCAGUGAUGUCCAGAAGAAUAUUCAGGACAUUAACGGCUCCAGGAUUUUAACAAAAGACUGUUGCUCAGAUCUAUUCAGACAAGCAACAGGUUUUAUAAUUUUUUAUUACUGAUUUUGUUAUUAUUUUUUUAUCAGCCAGAGUCUCCUUCACCCACAUCCCUGGCUUCACCCUAAAUGGCUCAGUGCCUGAGGGUGGGGACCAAGCCCUGCCUAGACACUUGCCUUCUUUGCCAAGCUAAUCUGUAGGGCCGGACCUAUGACCUAAGGACACACUAAUCAAACUGCAAACUAUGAGUCUUCUACCCCAAGAGGUGGCUAUGGCCACCCCUUCUGUGGGCCUGGGUCUCCCAAACCUAGGGGUCAGGCUCCGUUAGGUUUUGCCUAUUCCCGUCUCUUCCUACCCAACCACUCAAAUUAAUCUUCCCUUGCCUGAGACCAGUUGGGAGCACUGGAGUGCAGGGAGGAGAGGGGAAGGGCCAGACUGCGCUGCCAGGUGCUAGUCUCCUUUGCACUGAGGGCCAGAUGAUCACCAUGAGAGGAGGAGGGCCAUGGGAAACUGAGAACUCACUAUUCAAGAAGACCUGGGCACUUCUGCCCUGCUGUGUAUAGUUAGAAGAUAUUUAUAUUUUUUGGUUGUCAAUAUUAAAUACAGACACUAAGUUAUAGUAUAUCUGGACAAACCAACUUGUAAAUACACCACCUUACUCCCUCUGUAACUUACCUAAGCAGAUAUAAAUGGCUGGUUUUUAGAAACGUGGUUUUGAAAUGUGUGUGGAUUGAGGGUAGGCAGAUUUGGAUGGGAAUGGGAGAGAAGCCAUUCUUAGAACAGCUUCAGACUUUCUGACUCCAAGAUCCAGUUAUUUCCAAGCACCGUUGGUAAACAACUUCUACUGCUUAAAAAUCUAUUUGAUCUCUAUUACCUAGAGAUUACCUGAAAAUGGUGGCAUUUAUGGCAUUCCCAUUUUUCUUCACAAAUGAUAGCUGGUAUUCAAAAGAAUGACAGCUAUGUGCUGACCUUGAUGCUCAGGCCUUGAUAUGCAUUAUCUUGAAAGUGAGGUAGGUACUAUCUCUAUGUUUGACAGGCUCAAAGAGGUUAAGGUGCCGGAAGUUUCACAGUAAAUAUGCUAAAACCCCUGCUUUUAAGUUAUACUGCAGGAAUUCCCUGAUGCUUUCACUGUGGUGGCCCAGGUUCAGUCCUCGGUCAGGGUAACUAAGAUCCUGCAAGCCACACGGUGUGGCAAAAAAAAAAAAAAGAAAAAUUAUACUGCACACCCCCUACGCUAUACCUCAGUCCUCCCCUCAAACUCCCAUCCCCUUCAAUGAACCAUGUUCACUGCAUGGGCCGAGUGAGCUGUUAAGCUGCCUUUUUCCAUCUAUUUAAUUCAGAAUACCCUGUAUGAUACAGCUUAUAGGCUACUGCACACUCUGAAAAGAUUUUUCAUGCCCUUCUCCCAAUCCCUGAAUUUCAAGAGCACUUUGUUUCUUUCCUGUGGUACCAUAUCUUUAUCACAAGUUCUAUUUCGUCCACUAGCCUCAAUUUCACAGAAAGAAGUCAAUUUGAUUCUUCUGGGUCUCCAGUACUAAAUACAGUCCUUGGCACAAAGCAGGUAGUCAGAAGACAGUUAAUGAAAUAGAAGCAUCAAAGAUAUUUGUCCCUAGAGGUUCAUCUGACAAAAUCUUGUGGGGAGUUGGGGGGAGGGGGGGUGGCGGCGGAUAUAGCUGUGGAAGCUUUCAUAACUGCACACAGGUGAAACUGAAAUCUGCUUGGCAUGAAGAGGGGUUGUAAGGAGAGGGCAAGAAGGGAAAAAGUACAUCCUAGUUGGCAGUGCCUAUCUGUAUUAUCAUUAGGUAUAAAGAAUCUGAAGAGUUAGCCAUCAUCUCACAAAGAGGGAAGUUCAGAGAAGGGGUGUGCUUUGCCUGAGCAUGGGGGCAGGGUGGUGAACCGAUGAAGGGCAGGGGCCAGGUGUGUUGAAGGAGGACUUAUCACAUGUCCAUGUCCUCAAAAGUCUUCUGUUGAAAGGAUAGUUCGCAGGGGUGACCCCUGCUGCCAGGUGUGCACUCAGGGCUCUUAAAAACCUAUGGUGACACUGGCUGUCCCACCGGAUGGAAGGACUCGGGGUGGGGUUAGGGCCGAAGAGGCACGAGCGGCCAGAACUUAGGGAUGCAAAGCAGAUGGCGCCGAAAUAGGGCAGAGCAGGGCAGAGCUCGGAAACACUCUAGCCCCGCCACAGCCCAGGGCUCCAGACCUUGUUUGAAAAGGUCCGAGAAUCCACUCCCGGGUUCCCGCCCUUCACAAGGCUUGCACCAACGUGCUGGAUGCCACCAUUUCCCAAACUGCGAGGUGCACGCAGGCGCCUGGAGUUCCGGCCCGCCCCAGCCUGGGUCCACAAUUCUUUAGGAGGCACAGUUUCUGGUCCCUUGCCGCCUGUUCUCUAGAGGCCGCAAUCCAUCGCGAGUGUAGAAGAUUUGGUGCCAGGGCGAUCUUUCAUCUUCCCCAUAGACGCCUAACACUGGUGCUUCAGGGCCGGCUGGGCACUCGCGCACCCACGUGGUUAGCCUCCAUUGUCUACUCGCGGGGAGGGCGGGGCUACGCAGUGUCUUCACCAAUCACUACUGCAAUGUUGGGCUGGUGAGGGGCGGGCCUCAGGUUCCCACCAAUCACAGCCUGGCUGCUCCGGGCGGUGGUCCAGGACCAUGUUAGGGACUCUGUGGUUCUCUGUCUUCAGGGAGGUGCGUUUGCUCUAAGAGCUGGCGACCGUGGCUGGGUUAGCGCUGGCAUCCUGAGGAAUGUAGCUCACCUGGGAUACCUUAUAGCACAAAAGGUGACGCCUUGUGACGAAAAGGGGUAAAUAGGUAACGGGGCUCCUCCCAAACUCCCUUCUUUUCCAGUGCUUAGCUUACAGUUUUGUGAGAACCUUUAUCUGAUAUCUCAGGCUCAAAAGCCUAUUCUCCCUGGACCCCUGAAUCAGGUUCCCCCGCUGGACCCCACAGCGUCCAGUAUUUCCUUCAGCAAAGCCCCCUCGACGCUGUACAGGAGUUGACUUAUUCCCCCAGACUGGGGAGGCAACUGCUAAAUCAUUCCUUGGUUGCCAGUUCCCACCACAGACUGAUGAGAAUUGCUGAGUGAAUUUAGACCUAAAAGAAGUUCCACGAUCUGGGUUCUCCCAAUGCAGUUUUAGGGAGAAAAUCCAACAAUUCAGAAUGAGUUCUUAAUGGGGAGAGUUCUCUUUUGUGAAAACUACAUUUUGAUGCCCUCUUUCUCAUUCUAUAGUUUUUAUGCAAGUCUCUUACAAAUCUGACCUGUUCUGUCCACUGACAUUGCUGGCCCUGGUUCAGACCACUCUUCUCUACAGAGAUCACUGCGGCACCUCCUCGCUGCUCUCUUUACUUCCUGUCUCUUUCCCUUCAUUCUCCACACAGCAAUCUUUGUAAUCUUUCUAAAAGGCAAAUCUCGGCAUGUUUCUCUUCUACUUAAAACCCUUCCUGAGCUCCCAUUUCCCUCAGGGUAACAUUCAGCUUUCUUAGCCUGGAAACUCGAGGCCGUUUGCAAUGUUUCUAGCUCUCAGAUGUAGACUCCUCUUUCUCCACUGCCUCCAGCCCCCAUCCCCUACCCCUGCCCCACCGCAACCAUCCUUCAGGCAUUGAUCACUCUGUCCUCUGACCUCCACAUACUCCUUGCCCUAUGUGCCUUUGGGGUUCCCUCCACAAAGACUGAUCCCCCACUUACUCUGUGUUCCACCAUAUCCCAGGACAGCCCAAGGAGUUGGCUGAGGAAGCUGCUGCUUGCGGGGGCUGGCUCACUGAUUUCUUGGAACAUUGCUGCCAACUAGUGGCUAUUGUGUGAAUGUGUAGGUCGGGGCUGAUUUUAACCUCAAUUUCUCAUGGAUUGAGAGAACUGGUUUCUUUGGCAAUAACCCUUCACAGCUGCUGCUCCUGCUGCUCAGUCACUUCAGUCGUGUCCGACUCUAUGUGACCCCAUAGACGGCAGCCCAGCAGGCUCCCUCGUCCCACAUAGACUAUUACAAAAGAUGCUUUUUCAACCCAGAAUGACUUCCUAGAGCACUGUCUGACCGUAUUACAGCUUAAUGCUCCCUAUUGUCUUGUGGUAAAGCUCAAAUUCCAUAACCAAGCAGUCAAGAUCUUUCACAUUCAGGUCCUUGGAGACCUGAUCUUCCCAAAUGCUCCUUCAACACUUUAAGACCCAGCUAAGCUGAGAUACUCAGUGUUCCCUGGACAGCCCUUCACCUCACUGCCUAAUCUUAAAACGGUCUGUCCAAGCUUCUUCUUUCUCUUGGUUUGCUUUUGGUCUCUCCAUAACUCUGUUUGAUCUCAAAAAAGACCAAAUGAACAAUCACCUUCUCUAUGAAGCAUUUUUUCAUUCCUUCAACAGUUACUUAACUGAACAAAUACUCUUUGCCAAACUUUCUCCUCAGCCGUGUGGUGUCUUGGAAAGAACAUUGUUUCUAGAGUCAGAUAGAGCUGAUUUCAGAUUCCGGCCCUGCUACUUAGCUGAAAAUCUUUGGGUAAGUCACCUCACCUUUCUGAUCUUCAAUUUCCUCAUCUGUUGUGAUACUAAGAUGAAAUAAGACGAUGUGUGUAUGAGACAGGUGUCCGUUAGAGUUCCACUCCUUUCGAAAGUCUGGUACUCACCCCAAGGUUUCUGUGAAUCCCCAGGGAUUUCAAGGUCAUGUCUGGCCCUAUGAUCUGUAGCUCCUAAACUACCUGGUACAGAGUUCCCAGUGCAAGCUCUUUCCUGUCAUGGAACCCAGAUCUUUUGAUUAGUUUCACCUCAUUCAUUUACUGAGUACCUGCUGGGCACCAGGCAUUGUUCUAGUGCUGGGGAUACAGCAGUAAACAAAACCAAGAUUCACUUUCAUGGAGCUUACAUUCUGGUAGGGGAAACCAGCAAUCAACAAUCAACAGGUAUAUAAUAAAGUAUCAGAUGGUGAUUUGUGUUAUGGGGAAGAAAAGGCAAACCAAAGAAUAGAAGAUAAUAGAUGUGAGCAUGGGGUGGGUGGGUCAAUUUUAGAUGAGAUAAUUUGAAGGUCGCCCUGAAGGAGUGAUAAGUGAUAAUAAAUUGAAAUGAAGAAGUGAUAACAAACUUGAAUGAAGUAAGGGAGCAAAUCAGACCCUUAAUUUGGGGGAGAGGCUUUUCUAAGCCAAUAGAACAGCAAGUCCAAAGGUACAAAGGCAGGACCAUGUCUGAUGUGUUAAAGGACCAGCAGGGAGGUCAGGACAGCUGGACCAGGGCAGCAGGGAGAUAAGGGCGAAGAGGUGGUGGCAGGACACUAGACCCUGUAGGGCCUCGUAUGUCACUUGGGGACUUUGGGUUUCGUUUUGGGGUUUUUUUUAAUAUAAAAAGAAACUUCCCAGUUUUGAUAUUUUGUUUGCAUGCAUUAUAAUAUGCAGUUAUGCUCAGCAGGUUAGUUAUCAUAGGGUUAGUGAGCAAAUCCAUCUUCCUAUGACCUACUUUACAACUUUGGAGAGGACCUACAUUGUAACGCAUUUAGUUUUCUAUAACAAAGAUAUAGUUGUAAGGUGAAACAAACCCAUAAAGAUAAUUAUGAAAACAAACCUCUGACUCUUACAGAAAAUUCAUUGGCAUUUCCAGUAAGAAGUCUUAGAAAUUUCAAUUAAUUUAUCUUAGCUCUCCAAGAUAGAAAUAAGUAUAAAAAAUAAGCACAGACUCCUAUCUGGGUACCAGCUCCCUACUGCUCUGUGCACAGCGGGCUGCCAUCAGGCCAGGGGAAGAGGAUCAGGUCUGCAGGAUUAAGUGGUGUGGCAGGGCACUUGUGAGAAUCAGAGGAGCAGGAGACACUGAGGAUAGGCCCAGAAAACAAAGGAAGGGAACAGCCCAUGCAGAAUGGAGAGGAAGACUGUCCUUAGGGCAGGGGCUAGGGCCACCAGCCAGCAGGAAAUAACAGAGGAGGACAGGCUUGCCAGCUUGCCCCUAAUUUCCAACGGACCAUACCCAAUGAUGAUGGAGAUAGAGAUGAUAUGGAAAUAUUCAAAGCAGAGAUGAGAAAACUAAGGGAGCUGCAGCUGAGGAAGUGUCUGUGUAUCCUUAUGGGGAAGCUCUCUAAUCACCCUGACUACCAUGAGGAAUGUUGCCUUUGGCCUCGACUCCUGCCAUGUUCCGUGAGAUUAAUAGUGUGAUUCCCACUGUGGUCCUCUUUUUCCUUGCAUUUUCCUGAUAAACCUUUACUGAUACGUUGGCUGUGAACCUUAUGUAAUUUCUAAGUGUCAGGUGGGUUCUGUGUUACCAGCUUAUAAUUGGAGAUUGCCGUGGCACUCUUAAGUUUCUGUCAACAGUAGAGUUUCACCAUUUGCAUGGAAAAAUGUAAAGUUAAUAAAGCAAUUAAAAAACAGCAACAGCAAAAAAGAAUAAGUAUAAAUUUAACCUAAACUUUAUAAAAACUGGGAGGUAGAUAUUUUUCCUCCUCCCUCCUUUCUUUCUAAACAGAGAGUACAAAUCUGUUGGUGUUUUGAACUUUCAAAUGCACUUGUGUCAACAGGCUUCACUCAGAGUUUCUCAGACAGUACCAUUGAUUCUUGUGGCCUAGGGUUUAAAAUCUAAUUUUAAAGGAGGGAACUCAAAGUAUUUGGGGGGACUCAAAGUAUUUCCACAAACCUGUGAUGUAAUUAUGGUGUGUCAUAUUGCCCAGGCAGGAAUCCUCAUCACUUUUUUUUUUUUUAGUUUUAAAAUGAAUUUAUUAAAGAAUGGUCUUAGGAAGGCAACAAUGUUUGAUUUGUCAUUUUAACAAAAAUUCUUCUUCAUGCUGUAUAAUAAAGGUAAUA